AUGUAUGGUUUACUUACCAUAAAUGAAGUUUCUAGUGGUUUGAAAUUAGCUGUACCUUUCCAACGGCCACCGCCGCCCCGCCCUCUUCAACCUCAAAUGAAGCAGCACUUGUGUUGCCAAAUCGAAGGAAAAAUAACCAAGAUCAAAAUGAAGCAGUUCAGGAUUUACGUUGUAACCAUACUAGUGAUCGUGGCGAAUUUGGCGGCGGUGGGAUGCAGUCAGAGGCAGCGGAGCCCCACCGGAUCCUCAUGCAUAAACCAGCUUGCUCCUUGCCUGAAUUAUCUUAAUGGAAACGACGAUGCAGAUGUGCCGGAUAGUUGUUGUGAUCCUCUCAAAUAUGUGAUUAAAUCCCAACCCGAAUGCUUGUGCCGUAUGAUGAGCAACAGGAGCAGCAGAGAAGCUGAGCGAGCGGGUAUCAAUGUGACACAAGCUCAACAGUUGCCCGGACGCUGCGGCCAGCACGUUAAUCCACUUGUUUGUCUUUCAGGUUCUCCGAAUUCUAAAACCUCAGUUGAAAAUUCUGCAUUCCCAUUGUUCCCAUCACACAGCAGCACCAUAAUUGUUGCAGCCAUAAACAUGGCUCUUCAGGGUUUGUUGUUGACGAGGAUAUGAACUAUACAAACACGC